CUCCUCCUCCUCCUCCUCCUCCUCCUCCUCCUCCUCCUCCUCCUCCUCCUCCUCCUCCUCCUCCUCCUCCUCCAGUACAUUGCACGCAUUCUUUCCCCGAGGCUCGUACAGUCAGUAUUUAUGUAUAGUUUUAUUACUUGGACAAUGAUAGCUCGUCAGGUGGCCUGACACAACAAACUCGAUGAACGUGGAAACCAAUAGAUUCAAUGCACCGACUCUUCUGGUGGCUUCUUAUAUCAAAAUCUGUUGGACAGUGUGGCUGUGAAAGUAAAGCUCUCUACCUAGGAAUGUGUUGAUGGUGACGUAUUUUUUUAUGUGACGGGCGCCGCAAACAGAGUAUGCAUCACAUUUUCGACAAGAGUGAACAUACAAACAGCUUACACAGCUUACGAAGAAAACGUGAUGAUGCUCCCCCGCCGACCCAUCGCCGCUGCCCGGGGCGUGAAUGGGAGGCCGGGAACGCGGCUUUCGACCUUCAAUAGUGGGAGGCGUCUCUAAGCCUGAGGCUCACCUGACGUCACCGAGGCGGCGUCACAUCCCAGUAUAUAAGGCGACGCGUCCCCCUCGGUCCUUACAUCUCAUCAUUCACAGACGCCAUGGCUCUCAAGGUUGUCCUGCUGUCAGCCCUCGCGGCCGUCACCCGUGCCCACCCCGACAUCCCUGCAGCUUCCUAUGGCGUUCCUGCUCCCUCCUACCACGCUCCGGCGCCCUCUUACCACGCUCCUGCCCCUGAGGCGCCGCCCAAGUACGACUACAACUACGCCGUCAAGGACGAGUACUCUGGCAACGACUUCGGUGCCCAGGAGGCGCGCGACGGCUACGACACCCAGGGAUCCUACUACGUACAGCUGCCCGACGGCCGCCUGCAGAAGGUCACCUACACCGUCAACGGCGACUCAGGCUUCGUGGCCGACGUGACUUACGAGGGCGAGGCCCAGUACCCCCGGGAGAGCUACGCCCCCGCCCCAAAGCCCUCCUACAUCCCCGCCUCAGCCUACCAGUGAUACCCCUCAUCCCGCCGGACGCUGCUACUCUGUUAUGGCUAUUUAUUAAAGGAUACUUAACUU